UAGAACAUCUUUGGUCGUCACGCAGCCCUGACGUUACUGACCGCCAGGGCUCGCGCGCAGGGUUGGUCCUGUCUGCUCAGUCUUCCUAGGCGCUGAGCAAAAAUAGUUAGCUCAAUAGUUAGCUCUAUUUUCUUAGUCAUAUUUCUUCCUCUGGGCAGAGCGUGUACUGGGUUAUAUUUGAUUUUCUUUGGUCAGCUGCACCUUUCCUCCCUUCUCCCCUUUCCUCUUUUUUGUUUUGUUUAAUUGAUUAUACUAUUAUUAUUAUUGGAGGGGGGAGCAACAACUCUGCAAUUGGAGAGCUACAGCAGUUUACUUUCAUGGUCUGGGAUCAGUCUGUACCCACUGACAGACACAAACCUUGUGGGUCAGAUCACUCUUGGAAAAAAUGAGCUCAUCGAAGCCCAGUGGGAUCAAAGCACCCAGCAAGAUAGCUAGGGCGCCUGGACCUGGAGCUACUAAGACCACUGCAAGCACAACUAAAGCUGCUGUUGCAGAGAAAUCCGCUGGUGGAGAAGAUAAAAAUAAUGCAGAGGAAAGCUUCCAGGUCGGGGAGCGAGUCUGGGUGAAUGGAAAUAAGCCUGGUUACGUACAGUUUCUCGGAGAGACACAGUUUGCCCCGGGACAGUGGGCAGGAAUCGUCCUCGAUGAGCCCAUUGGAAAAAACGAUGGAUCCGUGGCAGGAGUCCGCUACUUCCAGUGUGAAGCCCUCAGAGGAAUAUUUACCCGACCUUCCAAGCUGUCCCGCACAGAGGGGGAGGCUAAUGGAACACAGACCGCACCGCCCUCCCGAGCUGCAUCACCCACUCCUUCAGUUGGAAGUGUAGCCUCACAUACACCUGCCACUAAAUCUGCAACAUCAUCAAGUGCUCUUGCAGCUAAGAAGGCCGCUCCUGCUCAGCCAGCAACCAACCUCACGGGAACAAACAGUGAAUCUGUCUCCAACCUCUCCGAGACCGGGUCGGUCAAGAAGGGGGAAAGGGAAAUGAAGAUGGGGGACCGUGUGCUGGUUGGUGGUACAAAAGCAGGAGUGGUACGUUUCCUUGGAGAAACAGAUUUUGCUAAAGGCGAGUGGUGUGGUGUUGAACUUGAUGAACCUCUCGGAAAGAAUGACGGAGCAGUGGCAGGCACAAGGUACUUUCAGUGCCAACCCAAGUACGGUUUAUUCGCUCCGGUUCACAAAGUUACACGCAUCGGCUUUCCCUCCACAACACCAGCCAAAGCAAAAACAACCGUGAGGAAAGUGGUGGCAACACCGUCAGGACUGAAGAGAAGCCCGAGUGCCUCAUCUAUCAGCACCAUGAGUUCAGUGGCAUCAUCUGUCAGUGCUAAGCCCAGUCGAACAGGCCUGCUAACGGAAACUUCAUCAAGGUAUAAUCGGAAGAUUUCCGGCACCACAGCCCUGCAGGAGGCCUUAAAAGAGAAGCAACAACAUAUUGAGCAGCUCAUGGCUGAAAGGGACAUGGAAAGAGCUGAGGUCGCCAAGGCCACAAGCCAUGUUGGAGAAAUGGAGCAAGAAAUCUCUUUGCUUAGAGAGGAACAAGAGCAGAUGGAGGCAAAAAUGGAUCAGCUGCGUGCCAUGGUUGAAGCUGCAGAUAAAGAGAAAGUGGAUCUGCUCAAUCAGCUGGAGGAGGAGCAUAGGAAGGUGGAAGACCUUCAGUUUCGUGUUGAAGAAGCUUGCAUUACGAAGGGAGAUCUUGAGACGCAGACCAGACUGGAGCAUGCCCACAUUAAGGAGCUUGAACAGAGCCUUCUCUUUGAAAAGACCAAAGCUGAGAAACUCCAAAGAGAGUUAGAAGACACUAGGGUUGCUACUGUGUCAGAAAGAUCUCGUAUAAUGGAGCUUGAAAGGGACCUGUCUUUACGAACCAGAGAGGUAGCUGACCUGCAGCUGCGUGUUGGGAUCCAGCAGAGCUCCGAUGACUCUAAGCCGGAUCUCUCUCCUUUGCUGGAGGAGAUAAAGUCACUCAGAGAUCAGCUGGCAUCCCAAGAAGCUAAAUGGAAAGAAGAUGUUGUGAAACACAAAGAAAAGAUUGAAGGUCAAGAGAAACUGCAUGCCGAGGCUCUUGCCCAGCUUCAAGCUGCAACUAUGAGGCUAUCUAGUGACAAAGAGCAGCUGGAGAUGCGUCUAAGCCAGGCUGAAAAAGAAAAUGCUGACUCUGUUGAGCUUUGGCGUUCCAAGUUGGAUUCUGCUGUAGCUUCUCAUCAACAAGCCAUGGAGGAAUUGAAAGUGUCUUUAAGCAAAGGGUCAGAUGCCCAGACAGAAGAGCUGCUGGAAACCAAAAGUGCAUUAGAGAAGCUCAAGAAGGAGCACGUGUCAGCUCUUGAUGAGGCAGCCGCCAAACAUCAAGCUGCUACCUCAGCCUGGACUCAGGAGAUGGAGCAACUGAAGACACAGCUUUUUUCGUUAACCGAAGACAAGGAGCGGCUGGAGGAGACGCUGCGAUCUAGUAUCGAAAAAGUAGAAGAGCAGCACCUCGUGGAGAUGGAAGAUGUUCUUGGAAAGCUUCAUGCUGCUGAAAUUAGGGUCAAAGAACUUGAAGAGAAAGAUGCAAUACUCGCACAACAGACUCAAGACCAGGACAGAGAAACCAAAGAGCAAAAGGCAGAAAUGAUGGCUCUGCGGAGUCAACUGGAGAAAUCUAACCAGGAGCUUGAAGCUCUGAAGAGCAGGUUAGAAGAUGUACAAAAUCAAGGAAACAACCAGGCUAACAAGGUUGGUGAAAUAAGCUCUCAGCUGGAAGAAAAACAGCAGGAAGUCCUCACUUUACAGCAGAGUCUCCUCACAACAAAGCAGAAGAAUGAAACUUUGGAACAAGAGUUUGAAGCCCUGAAGCAGAAGUUGACUGACAGCACAGAUGAGAAGACUAAAUCUGCUCAAAUUCUACAAGAAAAACUUGAAAUUCUUCAUCAGAAGGAGAAUGAGUGCACAUCAUUAACCACAGAACUGGAGUCUCACAAAAGCCAACUUGCUGGUAUGGAAAGGAAGUUGAAGGCUGGAGAUGAAAAGCUUGAGCAACUUCUUAAGGACAAAAAUAAGCUGGAAAACGACAUUUCAGAAAUGAUGAAGGCAUCUGGUGACAGCUCUGUACAACUGACAAAAAUGAAUGAAGACCUCAUGCAGAAAGAAAGGAGAUUGGAGGAAUUGCAGAAUCUGCUUGCAGAAGAGAAAGAGAAAGUUGCACAAGCAAAUGAAAUGCUCAAGCAAGAACAAUCAAAUAAAGAGCAGCAGAUGAAAGAAACCAGAGAUGCACAUCUUGAUGAAAUAAGUAGUCUUCAGGAAAAUAUCACAGUCUUGGAGGAAAAUGUGGCGCAGAAGGACGCUUUAGUGGAGGAGCUGAAGGCUUCCCAGGAGAAAUCCCUGAGUCAGGCAUCAGCGCUUCACGCAAAAGAGCUUGAGAAGCUUCAGACUCAGGUUGACAAAUUAAACCAGGAGCUUUCUUCCUCCAAGGAGAAAACAGAACAGUUAGAGAAAACUGUGUCUGAACUGCAGCCUUACAAAGAGAAGAGUCAGUGUCUUUCUGCUGAGCUUGAUUCCUGCAAGCAUGAUGUUGAACAUUUGUCAGAAAAAGUGGAAAACCAGGCAUUAGAUCUGGAGAGAAAAGGAAAGGAGUUUCAGGAAAUUCAAACGAAAAAAGAUCACCUGGAAAAACAGCUUUUAGAAAUGCAGAAUAAGCUUUGUGCUCAUGAGAGUAGUUACAAGGAGCUUUUAGCGCAGAAUGAAAAUCUGUUAACAACCAGAGAUGAACUUUCCAAACAGCACGAGGAGCUACUCACCAUAAAGAAGAGCUCAAGUGAAGAGAUUAUUUCAAAAAAUCAGGAACUUGAGGAGCUCAAACUCCUCCUCCAAAAAACACAGACUGAAAACAAAGAACUUCAGAAAAGUAAAACUGAACAAUUGGCCCAAAUUGACAAACUUGAAGCGAAAGAUGCAGAAAAAAAUGACUUGAUUUUAAAACUUCAACAGGACAGCAAGCAAAUAGAAGCUAAAAAUAAGCAACUGCAUGAGGACUAUAAAAAUGUCAGCAAAGAGAAGAAAAAUCUUGAAGAGGCCUUUGGUGAAAACAAAUCUAAUCUCACUAAAGAAAUAGAAAAUUUAGUGUGUGAGAGAGACUCCAUUAGAGAAACUCUGAAAUCUGUUGAUGCCAAAAACACAGAGAUGCAGGAAAAGCUCAAAGCUUUAAACUUGGAAAAAGAAGAUCUGACAAUGAAGAACACUCGGCUCCAGACAUCCUCAGAAACACUAACAAAAGAAAAAGAUGAGAUGACUUCUCAAAUAAAAGCUUUUGGGCUGGACAUGGGCAAUCUUAAUAAGGAGAAAGAGGAGCUUCAGAAUAAACUCAGUCUCACAAAGAAAGACCUGGAGAGCUCCAUGCGUGAAUGUAAAGAACUCAGAGCUUCCAAAAAUGGCCUUGCCCAGAUGCUGGAUGAGCUCAAGAUGAGCAGUCAAGUCACAGACUCUGAAAAAAUCCAACUUCUGCAGGAGAAGGAAAAUCUACUCACAUUCCAAAGAAAGGUAUCUAAUGAGAAAGAGGAGCUCCUAAGAGAAAUCCAGGAAUUAAAAGACAAGCUUGAGGUGAUGACACAUCAGUUGUCUGAUUCUAAUGAGAAGCUUAAAGAAGUGGUAUCAUCUUCGGAGCAAGAGAAGCAAGCUUUCAUCCUCCAGAAUUCUGAAACUGAGUUGGUUCUGCAUGAUCUGAGAAAAGAGAAGAUGAGCCUGGAGUCGGCUCUGGAGCAGCAGAAAAUGAGUCAUGAGCGUUUGGCUGUGGAGAAGAAGGAGUUGGAGGAGAAGCAGGCAAAGGAUCUCCAUGAGAAAAACGCUCUUUCUCUUGAACGCAAUAAUCUGGCUAAUGACAUCCAAACAGUCAGGGAGCAACUAGACGGGGUCAACAGAAUCAAUGCCGACCUUGUUCAGGACAAGUCUCGUUUGGCUCUAGUAAUGGAGGACAUCAAAAGCCGAAGAGAUGAGCUAGAAACGGAGACGGACGCUUUGAAACAGGAAAGGGCUGACCUACAAACUGAACUGCAGAAGCAUUUGUCUGAAGCUGAAAGUCUCCAAAAGGGCAUUACUGAACUUGCAGAAAAGCAUACUAAGCUAAAAGAUGACCUAGAGAAAUCCGCUCUACAGGUAGACAACCUUAAAAAAGACAACCUGCACCUUCAGUCGCUGCAGACAGAAGCUGACAGAAAACUGCAGUCAUUGCAGGCAGAGAACCAGGCUCUGCUUAGUGAGGUCCAGGAGUCCAAAAAGCAGCUUCAUUCAGUGUCCGAUGCCAAACAGUUUCUUGAAAACCAACUUCAGGCUGAAUCCGGUGAGCGGAAGGAUGCAGUGUCUUUCAAAGAGACCCUUUCCAAAGAAAUUGAAGAGCUGCAGAAAACUUUGACUAAAGUCACAGAGGAAAGGGAAACAGUCUCAUCUAACCUUAAGAAUGCAGAUGAACAGAAGAGGUCUCUUAUGGUGGAUAUGGAGGGUUUGAAAACACAACUGAAGCAGCAACAACAAGACGAAGAGCAGGUGAUAAAAGAGAAAGAACUGCUCUUAUCUAAGCUUGAAGAGAUGGACAAGCAGAUAACUUUCCUGACUAAGGUGAAGGAGGACCUCUCAGCCGGAGACAACACCUCCAAGCAGGAGAUUUUGACUCUUCAGACAGCUCAAGAGAGUUGGCUCUCAGAGCGAUCUAGGUUGUUGGAAGAAGUAAAGAGUUUGAAGGAGAGUGUGGACCAACUAGAAGCUGAUAAUAAGGUUCAACAACAGGAGAGGGAAAGCCUGGAAAAACGGUGCAAAGAGGCUCUCUCAGAAGCAUCUGUUUCAGCUGCUGUGAAAGAAGAGAUGUCCUCCAGCAUCUCCUGUCUCAGAGCUCAGCAGGAUGCCAUACAACUGGAAAGGGAUGAAGCCGCCCAGCAAGUCAGAGAGCUUGAGUCGCAGCUAAAAAAUGCCCUUUCUAAACAGCUUGAGGCAACAGAGGCCUCUGGUAAGGCUACUGAGGCCCUGGAAAAGCUGGCUAAAGAGAAAGCCGCUUUGAUGAAGGACAAGAGUGAAGCCCAGACUUUACUGGAGGAGCUCCAGACCUCCAAGCAGGAAAUGCAGACUCGGCUGGAAAUGAUUAUUAAAGAGAAUUCCAAAUAUAAAGAAGAUCUGAACUUAUCCAAAGAGCAACUUUGCACCGAAACAGAAAAAACCAAGAGUCUAUCCCAGAAAAUUGAAGAGCUCCAAGAAGCAGUUUCAGUCAAAUCAGAGUCCAUGCAAACACUGCUUGUUGAAAACAAAAAGCUCAGUCAAGAGCUGAACAGCAAUCACAGUGAGCAGAAGGAUCUUUUUAAGAUGAAAGAAGAGCACUCAAAACUCACAAAAGAGGUGGAAGAGUUGAAACAAAGCGAAAGCACUUUGAAGGAUCAGCUGAACAGGGAGAAAGCUGCUGUCCAACAGUCAAUCUUUGAAAAAAGUGCCUUAAUUCAGGAAAAGGACCAACAUGUGGAAAAACUGAAAAAAGAGAUGGAAGUAUUACGUGGAGAAAGUGCCUCUGUUAAGACGUUGCACGGUACAAUUCAGUCCUUGGAGCGGGACAAAGCUAAUCUAAAGGAGCAAAUCCAGAAACUGGAGAAAACCAUUACUGCUGGGCCUAACAAUGGCACCAAAGACUUGGGUGAUGAUGUUUUGGACCAAAUGAAAGAGGAGAAGGAGAUCGCACAAAGUCAGGCAGCGAUCGAGUUCCUGAAUUCGGUCAUUGUAGACCUCCAGAGGAAAAAUGAAGAGCUUAAAGACAAACUGGAAACAAUGGCAGCUGCUGCCCUCAAUGGGAACAAUCCAAACGAAUUAGAUAACCAUGAUGGCCACGAAAAGCAGCCAGAGAAGAAGAAAGCCCCGCCAAGGCUGUUCUGUGAUAUCUGCGACUGCUUCGACCUCCACGACACCGAGGACUGUCCCACCCAAAUGCAGAUGCCUGACACCCCCCCACACACGACCUACCACGGCAACAAGCACGAAGAGCGGCCGUACUGCGACAUCUGCGAGGUCUUUGGCCACUGGACAGAGUCCUGCACUGACGACCAGACCUUUUAAAGCCUUUACAAGCCUCAAACGCACAAUCCGUAUAUUUGCACAUCCUACUUGUUCUGCUAGGCUUUUGCUGGCUUGGUUUGUUUGCGUCCAUCGUCUAUGCUUCCCCUCAAGCGCUCUUAAAGAAGACGCGUCUUCUUAAAAUCUUUCCAGGCCUCCCGAACAAUCGUGCAGAUGUGUUUGUAAUUGAGUUGCUUUGAAAGGAACAUUUGUGUCCUUGGUUUGUGCGCGUGUGAGAUCGGCGUCUUUGUCUGCAUUAUAUUCGGUUUGCACAGCAUGUCUGGAGUCACAAAGACGCUCAAUGAUCAGAAAUGUGUUAAUCUAAAGAUGUACAAUAUUUGAUAGGAAAGGUCAAAUCAGUUUGUGCAAAAAUUGGUGGAGAAUAAAUUAUUUUUUUAUGCCUUGAAGAAGUAUUUACGAUUUGAAAGGGUUUGAUAUUGUUUGUAACUCUGUGGGGAGAUUUGCUCAGCCUCGUUUAGGGAGGCGUGGCGAAACCCAGUGCUGCUUGGCUUUAACGACAACUUUUUUAAAUGGUCUUCUUGAAGAACUUGCUGUAAUAUUUGUCAGAAAGAACACGGUUACUGUAAACCUCACAGUUCCAGUUAGAUGGCCUUUUACAGAGUUUGUUGUUUAAAAAUGAUUUCUAUUUGAAACAAUGAAAUGUUUUGCCAUUUCUCUGAACACAUUUUGAAUAUAUAUGUAUAAAAUAAAAGUUUAUUGAAUUAGAAAAA